AAAGGGGAAAAAAAAAAAAUACGGAAGAAGAAGAAGCACUUGUGAAGUGAGUGAAAAGACGAGCUUCUUCAAUUUGAUGUUUUUGUCAUUCCGUGCACUGAAAAAUGUUUUUCUCCUAAGCUUUACCUUUGGGCUUCUCGAACUUCGCUUGUAGAUUUCCCACCCCCCCGAGAAAAAGAAGGAAUAGAAAAGAAAGAAGCGGAAAAUUUGACGAUCCUUCUUCAAUAAGGUUUUUAGGUUUAUGUUAUUUAGGCAUGUCCUUUUCCUGCAGUAAGUGUGUUGCACAUGGCACCAGCAGUCUCAACUGUGCAAUCAUGCGGCAUGUGUUUCAGUGGAAAAAGAUUCAGAAGUGCAAUAGCUUUUGAGGCUGAAAAAGGAUAUAGGAAUGCUUUGGGUAGAGAAAUGAGGUUCAAUAAUUUUUUCUUCUCCAAAUUCUCAAAGAUUUGUACUCGAUCAAAGCAUGAGUUUGUGGGAAAGCUGUUGGAGGAAGUAGAUGGUAUAGCAAGCAUCUCAAACCGUUCAAAGUUGCUUGAUAAGGUAUCGGUUAUGAUGGGCUAUGAUGGUCUUCAUGAUUUGAUCGAGAAUGAAAGAGCUGAAAAGCACUCUACUACAAACAUUAAAGCUGCAAUGGAUAAUUUUGAUGUCUCUUUGGUCCGUAAAAGAUUUCCAUCAAUCAUUGUGGGUAGUUCUCCUCGAUUGGAACUAUAUGAUGGGGCUACAAAUUUUUGUCAGACGAGGAGUCUUUUGGAAACUCAAAGUUGUGAAGACUUUCUUUCUAAUUCAAUAUUGGAAGAGCAGGGGAGACUUAAUGUAAAUGAAACUUGGCAUUCUCUAGAUUCUGCUCUUCCAUGUUUGAGAACUUUUUCACCAAGCGAAGAUCAUUCUGCUACACUGCACAUAUCCCAUCCUCCUACGCCGGUAACUACUGAGAAAAAUUCAAACCAACCAGCCACUUUGAAGGAGCCUGUUGGGCUUGAAUCACAAAUAGAUGCUGCAUCCAUUGAGUUAUUGCUUGACAGAUCUAUCAGUUGCAUAACUGGACUAAGGAAGAAGCACUGUCGCCAGCUGGAAGACUGUGGUUUUCACACGUUACGGAAAGUGUUGCACCAUUUUCCUCGGACCUAUGCUGAUUUACAGAAUGCUCAGAUUGGAAUUGAUGAUGGACGGUACUUUAUUUUUGUUGGGAAGAUCUUGUCUUCGAGGGGUAUCAGAGCUAGUUGUUCUUUUUCGUUUCUUGAGGUUGUUGUAGGUUGUGAAAUUGCAGACUGUGAAUCUACAUCAAAAGAUAGUAUUGAUGAUACAAACAGUAGUGAAAACAAGAAAAAGACAAUUUAUUUGCAUUUGAAGAAAUUCUUCCGAGGUGCUCGGUUUACUUUUCAACCUUUUCUUAAAAGUAUCCAGGACAAGCACAAGGAAGGAGAGAUUGUAUGUGUUAGUGGUAAGGUGAAGACUAUGCGUACCAAAGAUCACUAUGAAAUGAGAGAAUAUAAUAUAGAUGUCCUUGAAGAUGAAAAAGAUUCAUCCUUUCAGGCAAUGGGGAGGCCAUAUCCUAUUUACCCUUCCAAAGGAGGCCUAAAUCCAAAUUUUUUGAGGGACAUCAUUGCAAGAGCGUUACAAGCUUUGCCUGUAAUUUUCGAUCCUAUUCCUAAAGGUAUCAUUCAGGACUUCAAACUGCUAAGUCUUCAUGAAGCAUAUGCUGGGAUUCACCAACCAAAGAACAUAAAUGAGGCUGAUAUGGCUCGCAAGCGGCUUAUAUUUGAUGAGUUCUUCUAUUUGCAGCUGGGGCGCUUGUUCCAAAUGCUUGAAGGUCUUGGUACACAAAUAGAGAAAGAUGGAUUGCUGGAUAAGUAUAGGAAACCUGAGAUAAAUGCUGCUUAUAUUGAGGGAUGGUCUUGUCUGGCAAAAACAUUUUUGAAGUCUCUUCCAUAUUCACUUACAUCUAGUCAAUUAAGUGCUGUUUCAGAGAUUAUUUGGGAUCUUAGGCAACCAGUUCCCAUGAAUCGGCUAUUGCAGGGUGAUGUUGGAUGUGGAAAGACUAUAGUUGCUUUUUUGGCUUGCAUGGAGGUUAUUGGCUCUGGAUAUCAGGCAGCUUUCAUGGUUCCUACUGAGCUGCUUGCAUUCCAGCAUUAUGAGCAGUUAAGUAAUUUGCUUGAAAACAUGGAGGAGAUUGAGUGCAAACCUUCCAUUGCUUUACUAACAGGUUCAACCCCAUUAAGACAAUCAAGGAUGAUUCGUAAGGAUCUUCAAACUGGAGACAUAUCAAUGGUCAUUGGAACCCACAGUUUAAUAGCUGAAAAUGUAGAGUUCUCUGCAUUACGGAUUGCUGUAGUGGAUGAGCAACAUCGUUUUGGUGUGAUCCAGAGAGGAAGGUUUAACAGCAAGUUAUUUAACACUUCCAUAAGUUCAACUAUUGCAACAACUGAUUCAGAUGAGACCUCAAAAGUUGAUAACUAUAUGGCUCCUCAUGUUCUUGCCAUGUCAGCUACUCCCAUCCCUAGAACACUUGCUCUAGCUUUAUAUGGGGAUGUAUCCCUGACACAGAUAACUGACUUACCUCCUGGAAGAAUACCAGUUGAGACACUCAUUAUUGAAGGGAGUGACAAUGGCUUUCAGAAUGUUUACAAGCAGAUAAUGCUAGAUGAGCUUCAAGCAGGAGGAAAGGUGUAUCUUGUGUAUCCAGUCAUUGAACAAUCCGAACAGCUGCCUCAACUUCGUGCAGCUUCUGCAGAUUUUGAAUCCAUAUCUGAUAAGUUUCAGGAUUAUAGCUGUGGUUUGUUGCAUGGAAAAAUGAAGGGUGAUGAGAAAGAUGAAGCAUUAAGACGGUUUAGGUCUGGAGAAACUCAAAUACUGCUUGCCACACAAGUAAUUGAGAUUGGAGUUGAUGUUCCAGAUGCAUCCUUGAUGGUUGUUAUGAAUGCUGAGAGGUUUGGGAUAGCUCAGCUGCACCAACUUAGAGGACGGGUUGGACGUGGAGUGAAGAAGUCUAAAUGCAUAUUUAUAGCAUCUACUGCUAGUAGCCUAAAUCGGCUGAAAGUGCUAGAAAAAUCAUCAGAUGGUUUUCACUUGGCAAAUGUGGACCUUCUUUUACGUGGACCUGGUGAUUUGCUUGGUAAAAAACAAUCAGGGCAUCUUCCAGAGUUUCCUAUUGCUAGAUUAGAAGUAGAUGGGAAUAUUUUACAGGAAGCACACCUUGCUGCACUGAAAGUUUUGAGUGCUUCUCAUGAUAUGGAGCAAUUCCCACUGCUCAAAGCAGAGCUUAGCAUGAGACAGCCGCUCUCUCUUUUGGGUGACUGAAAGUCAUGGCUAAUGAUGAUAUGACCAAGUAGUUUCGUACCAAAUUUCAAUAUUUGUACUCCUUUCUUGUGAAUCUGACUCGCAGAUUUUGGAAAAGAAUGCAAACAUAUAGGAAGACCAAGACGUGUUUAGCUUUUCCAUUUUGUCAUAGCCCUUGCAAAAUGGUUUCCACCUACUACAAGUUCAAAAUGGUUUUGGCUUCCCUUGCAUCCAAGGAUUAUGAUAAGCAUACAGCAAAUUUGCCAUCUUGUCUGCCAUUAAAACAGAAGCAGUGCCUCAACGGUCCGAUUGGAUUUGACCCCCAAAUUCCAAAUGCAUUUUACCGUCAAGACCCUACCUGAAACUAGUUCCUGUUCAAUGUGACAAAGGUCUUGUACAUAAUCUUUGGAAUGUCAACAUCUUUGUCUAUCCCAUUGUUGGUGGCUGAGGAUGUUCAAACGUGUAUAAAAAAUGGGAACUAAUUUACUAUUUAGAAUUUGACAUUUUUAUCUUCA